CUUUCCUCUUCUCUCUCUUUCUCUCUCUCUCUCACACACACAUGCAGACACACACACACACACACACACACACUUUUCUUAAGGGAAAAAUCACUCUGUGUUCUUUUAAAAAUACCUCAGGUUUUAUGUUUUAUUGCUACCAGAGUCUGCCUCCCUGAGGUUCUUGUAUAGACUAGUUAUUUCCCUGUGUAAAGAAGCUGUUCAGUUCAUUCUCGCCUGGUUUGGAACGAAAUGAACACUUCCAAAGGAAGCAGUUCUUGCAGCCUCCUCAUCUUCCACUCCCCUCCUCCCCGCAGUCCUGGCUGAAGCAGCGAGUCUGUCGAUCCCAGGCCAGAGACAAGGCAGACAAAGGUUCAUUUGUAAAGAAGCUCCUUCCAGCACCUCCUCUCUUCUCCUUUUGCUCAAACUCACCCAGUGAGUGUGAGCAUUUAAGAAGCAUCCUCUGCCAAGAAGACCAAAAGGAAAGAAGAAAAAGGGCCAAAAGCCAAAAUGAAAUUGAUGGUACUUGUUUUCACCAUUGGGCUAACUUUGCUGCUAGAAGUUCAAGCCAUGCCUACAAAUCGACUCUCUUGCUACAGAAAGAUACUAAAAGAUCGCAACUGUCACAACCUUCCGGAAGGAGUAGCUGACCUGACAGAGAUUGAUGUCAAUGUCCAGGAUCAUUUCUGGGAUGGGAAGGGAUGUGAGAUGAUCUGUUACUGCAACUUCAGUGAACUGCUCUGCUGCCCAAAAGACGUCUUCUUUGGACCAAAGAUCUCUUUCGUGAUUCCUUGCAACAUUCACUGAGAAUCUUCAUGUAUUCUGGAGAACACCACCCCUGAUUUCCCACAAACUGCACUACAUCAGUAUAACUGCAUUUUUAGUUUCUAUAUAGUGCAAUAAAGCAUAGAUUCUAUAAAUUCUUACUUGUCUAAGACAAGUAAAUCUGUGUUAAAGAAGUAGUAAUAAAAGAUAAUGCAGUCUAA